AACGUUUUCUACUUGUUUCUUCGAUUCAAGCGACCCUCAACCUUUCCAUCGGCCUUCCCUUUUUUUUCUUCUGGAUCGGACCAAACACAAGAACAAACCUCUUGAUGAUUAUUACUUCGAGGUUCCUCGCCCGACCCGUACGAUUACUAUCGACCAGCGCAGCUUUUGUUUCUUGCAUCCGUCUCGCGAAUACCCCGCACUUCCACGUCCCUGCUGGACUCUCACAGCAACUGCAGCAGCCGUUACGAAAGAUGCAUAUCCAAAGCAUUCCCAUGUGGGUCGGUUCGUCGAACAACUACGCCUACUUGGUCAGCGAUGAUGAAUCAAAAGACGCCGUUAUCAUCGAUCCAGCAAAUCCCCCCGAGUACGUCUCCCUUCUUUUACGAGUCCCGAUUUCCCUGAGCAGCGCAAAAGUACAUCCGCAGGCACAGCCUGUCUUUUGUGGUGUGUCGUUGAGCCAGAACAUAUAUGCGUAUCCAGAGAUACGGGGACACACGGGACAAAAUACUGACGAUACAAUUUUGCGUCUUUUCCCCUGAAACAGAGUCACCCCGGUCCUGGCCGAGAAGUCCAAGUCCCUCAACCUGACGGCGAUAAUGAACACCCACCACCACUGGGACCACGCGGGUGGCAACACCAAAGUCCUCUCUUCGCUUGCGUCGCGCUCCCUGCCCGUCAUCGGCGGCAGGGACUGCGAGGGGGUGACCGAAACCCCGGCGCACAACUCGACCUUUUCCAUCGGCAAGAACAUCCGGGUCACGGCCCUCCACACCCCCUGCCACACCCAGGACAGCAUCUGUUGGUUCAUGGAGGACGAGGCCACGGACGAGCGGGUCGUCUUCACCGGGGACACGCUCUUCAUCGGCGGCUGCGGCAAGUUCUUCGAGGGUUCCGGGGCCCAGAUGAACCGGGCCCUCAACGAGGUCCUGGCCGCCCUGCCCGACGACACCAGGGUCUACCCGGGCCACGAGUACACCAAAUCCAACGUCAAGUUUUUGAAAAAGGUGUUGCCCGACAACCGGGCCCUGGACGAGCUCGCGAGGUUCGCCGACGAGAAUCAACAGACCCAGGGGAAAUUCACAAUCGGGCAGGAAAAGGCCCACAAUGCCUUCAUGCGUGUCCACACCGACGAGAUGAAAAAGGUCACCGGUCAGACCGACCCGGCCGCCGUGAUGGACAAGUUGAGGGAGAUGAAGAAUGCGGGUUGAGAGAUGCGCAGAAUCAAAAAAAAAGAAACAACCCCAAAUAAACAAGAAAGAAUUAAAACAAUGUAGAUGAAUUUUUACAAAGAUUGGUGUAAAGAUCAAUGCAGACCAUGACUCGAUGUUCGUGGGUGUACACAAGUAGAUAGGCGAGAACAUGGAUAUGUUUAUAAGACAAGGAAAUGGUCCGUGGUAUUCUGUACCAUGUGUCUGAAAAGUCCACAUGUGCCUGCACAACUGCUCGCCAUGGAAGAUUUACAUGUCGUCGAGAACGGUCAAGUUGAGAUGAAGAUGUACGGAGGGAAAGUCUCACCAUGUUGUACCGUACAGCAUAUCAAACCAAAUAUCCAAG